UUAUGCGGCUUCAUUUUAGUUUAGCUUCUGGAGAACCUUUUCCUUUCAAAACGCUGUCCCUUUCAUUGAUUGUACGCUGUUGUCAGCUGGUGUACUCAUUGCCGGGUCUGAGGAGUUUGGCGGUGCGUUCAGAUCCUCGCUUAUUCCACCGAGGGUUUGGGGUGAUUUUAUCUAAAUUGUGAAGAAAAGUGGCUGUUGGCACAGUCUCCUACAGAUUUAUAAUCCCACCGUUCUUUGCCUUUUAAAUUAAAAGCUUCAGCUUUAAAUAAAUGCUGCUUGAAGCAUUUUUAAAGAAUACAGCUGUUUUCUGUCUUCAGAAUUAGUCUUUUUUCAUGCUCCUUUCUCUUUCCCUGUCCACUUGCUUCGGCACCAGUUCCUCUUGUUAACUCCCCAUCCGGCCUCUGCUGCUUUUCCUGGCACUCCCUAGCCUUCGCAAACCCAUCAGUGGUUUCUCACUCGCUUGGUGCCGACGAUGUCUUUUUGUCAGUCUUUCUCUCUCUCUCAAUCGCUAGAAGAAAAGUGCUCACGUGUAGAAAGUAAAGUGUACAGCCUCUCUGCCGGUCCAUCCAUCUCACCACCCCAAGAGCCCUCCCUCUGUGUCCCCUCACAGGCGAGAAGGAUGUAAAAGAGCAUGUGUUACAGACAGCCCUCCUCAUUGUCCAGCGGAGGGGUGGACCAGCCCUUCCCUCUUUGCUGGGACUUCUUUAGGGAGAUUAAGUGCAGCGUGGGUUAUAGAAAAACUAGAACCACCCAGGUUAUUAUGCAAACACUAACUGCUGCUACCAAGGAGCCCGGGAAGACUUUUCUUCAAGUCCCACCUUCUUUUGUACCAAAAGAAGAGAAGAAAACAAAAGCCGGAAUUUAUUAUCCAGCCCAGGGGUCAUGCUCAAGCACACAGUCUGAUACCGAACGGCUGUACUCAGUGGUGUUUGAGGCAGUCUGCGGUCGCUAUGGGAAGAAGUACAGCUGGGACGUGAAGUCCCUUGUCAUGGGCAAGACGGCGUUGGAGGCGGCCCAGAUCAUCGUAGACACCCUGCAGCUCCCGACGUCCAGGGAGGAGCUGGUGGAUGCCAGCCAGGCGGAGCUGAAGGACGUGUUCCCCACCGCCGCGCUCAUGCCAGGUGUGGAGAAGCUGAUCCGCCACCUGCAGAAGCACGGUGUGCCCUGUGCCGUGGCCACCAGCUCAGGGACCGCAUCCUUCCAGAUGAAGACCAGCAGACACGAGGGCUUCUUCAGCCUGUUCCAUCACGUCGUCCUCGGCGAUGACCCCGAAGUGAGGAGUGGGAAGCCAGAGCCAGACAUCUUCCUGGCUUGCGCCCGGAGGUUUUCUCCCGCUCCUCCCGUGGAGAAGUGCCUGGUCUUUGAAGAUGCUCCCAAUGGGGUGGAGGCCGCCCUCGCAGCUGGGAUGCAGGUGGUCAUGGUUCCCGACGGAAACUUAAACCGAGACCUGACCACAAAGGCCACCCUCGUGCUGGAUUCCCUGCAGGACUUCCAGCCCGAGCUGUUUGGUCUGCCGCCCUACGAGUAAGAGGCUCCUGCGCCCACACGUGUGACCCACGCUGCCCAGGAGAAGGACAGAGGAAAGCCCGGUUCCCAGACCUCCAUGUGAACAGUCCUUCAGCCUGUGAAGCCUUCUCAUCCCACGAGGGCCUGGCCCUCGCUCUCUAAAGGGUCAAUGAACUAUACUGUGACAGACAGAAAGCAAAAGAGAGACAGCCCAGAACACAGAUGGAAAUUGUCGCUUGAAUAGUCAUGUUUAGUAUUUGAAUAAUUUGGGUUCAUUUCUUUUUCUUCUUCGUUGUUCUCAACCCUGGCUGGAAAAUGUAAAAUAUAUAUACAUAUAUGUAUAUGCUUUUAUGUAUAUAUGUGUAUGUACAUAUUUAUUAUAUUUAUAUACAUUGUGUACUGUAUCACUCUCCUCAGUGUUUCAUCUUAACAUGCGCUAGCAACUGAUAAAAGUGAGGUAGUAAUGGUAAUUCUGUUUGGUUUGUAAUCUGAGUGGGAAAUCCACAUGAUGGAUGAGGUUUUCAUAAAUCAUCCUCUUUAUCAGCAAAUGUUGACAUUCCUUAUGUGCCCUUAAAUCUCUGUGGACCUCUACUGAGAGACUGACUGUGAACUGUAUCUUCCGUUGUUUCCUUUCAGUGUGAACAUAAUGGUAGCCUACGUCUUAUAUCGAGGUGCAUAUCCACGUUUGAGAAUGUUUUCUGCCUCAGAGAAAUCAUUUCCUUUAAGAACAUUUAUUUUUUUAACACAUUCUUUGAUGCAGAUAGAAUUGGAUUUCAGAGUGCAUCCUUGGUACCACCGAGAGCCAUAGCCCAUUUUUGGAACAAUUUAUUGGACAUUACACUUUGGUGAUUAACUGCUUUUAGUAGAUUUACUCAGCCUUUUGUGAUGGGAAUAUAGUGAGAGGCAUUGAAAAUGGGAAAAAUACAAUCACAGGGUGUUUCCACUGGUGGACACCCCACAUUCGGCCCGCCCCGGUGUUCUCUGUUAUUGAUUGUCCUUGAGCUAAUUUUCAAUUCUGUGAGUCUUAGAAGGGUGAUAGUGAUGUAUGUGAUUGUCAGGUGGAAUGAUUAUCUGUGCAUGGUUGUCUCUGGCUGUUGACCAAUUUUACAUCAUUUCAGCAAAUUGAGUUCAACAUUCUUGAUUGCUGUAUACGUGUCUGUUCUUUGAAUUCUCCUUGGAAUCGGUUGUAACAUCUUACUGGUUCCCUCAUCAGUGAGUUUAAUUGAAUAAAAGUUUUGACACUUACUUGUUCAUGUUUUAUUUGUAUGGAAGCAUGAUUUUACCUUUUUUUAAAAAAAAAAUCAUUGUCUAACAAAUAUAAAACAUAAAUGCAAAACAUACACGAUUGACUUUUUUUUAACCCAACUGUAAAGUGGCAUUUACAUAUUUAAAACAAAUUUUAUUGAAAUGUAGUUGAUUUACAAUGUUGUAUUGGUUUCAGGUGUACAGCAAAGUGAUUUGAUUUUAUAGAUAUAUUCUUUUUCAGAUUCUUUUCCAUUAUAGGUCAUUACAGAUUAUUGAGUAUAGUUCCCUGUGCUGUACAGUAGGUCCUUGUUGGUUAUUUUAUAUGUAGUAGGCAUUUGCAUAUUUUAGGUGAACCAUGCUGUCUUUGCAUACAGCAAAGAAAGGCUCUCAGUGACAUGGUCACGCACGUGAUUUGGUAUCUCAUUCUUCCAAAAUAUUUGUGUUGAUGUUUUCUAAUCAUUAAGCCAUUUUGCAGGAAUAAGACAAACAGGUUUAAUGCCUCUAAAUGAUGUAGAUCAGGGUCAGUUUUUCUCUAGGGUGAAUUUGGUCUUAAAUGUGGUGGUGGUGUUUUUGUGGUUUUAGCCGACUCUGCAGGCAAACACUUUGUCGUUUUUUGUACUAAAGAGGAAUACGGAUGUGUGCUCAAAGCCCACAUAUUCUUUCUUAUUUUUCUACGUGAGUCUGAUGGCUUCAAUACAAAUUUCAGUGGUGUUUUUCCACUGAAUAAUCCAUCAAUUUCCUAGAGGUAUAAUAAUGAAAAUUUAGAGCAGAAUGACGGCUGCCAAGAAAGUUUAAAGGGUAGUUGUCUUACUUUCUUAGCUCAUUUAAAGUGUGUUCCAUUAGGACCUUCAGGGAUUAAUAGACGUUACGCCGUUUUGUGCCCUAAGUUGCACCCGUUUGCUCGUACGUUGCCUGUCCUUCGGAAGGAUUUUUGUUCGGUACUGAUGACAGCCACCGAGAGAUAACACAGUCAUUCUCUUCUUCAUCCCACUUAAAUGAAAUGUGAACACUUUUAAGAACGUGCUAAUUACUACUUAUUAGGGUUUUUCCACCUAAUAAGUCUUCAGUUAGAGUUCAGUGAUUUAUAGAAAAGAGAAAAGGUCUGGAAGACACCCACGUUAACGCUUAAGACAAUUAACUUACUAAGAAAUAGGAAUUACUUCUGCUCUGCCAUGGUAGUCAGUGUUUAGAAACCUCAGUGCACAUAACCUUUGAAUAUCAUCGACGGUUUGAUGCUGAACGUGGCAUGCUUUGAAUGCUGUUUCCACAUUUUAAAAACAAUUUGCACACUGAUAACAAGUUUUAUAGCAAAGAAUAAUGAGUUUUUGCCUAUUGGUGUUAAUUCCCCUGCUUAACAUCGUGUACUGCCUACGCUCUGCUAUUCCACAGGAUAAAGUUCAAACCUCCCUGGCCUUAUAGGAAGGCUUUCUGACGUAAGUCUAGCACCGACAGUCUUUAGAAUUAUUUCUAUUAUUAUUACCAUCACCACCCUCAUCUUCUGUAAAGGGAAAAUGAGAAUUAAAGAGCAAGGGGUUUCAAAUUAGGCCAACUUCAAUUCAGAUCGAAGCUCUGCUACUGACUAGUGGUGUCACUUUAUUUUGCCCCUGUCCACCUCAGGUGCCUUAGCUGUGCAAAUGGGGUUACUGGAUACUUCGCAGUGUUGGUGUAAAGAAUUGGUCGCACAUGGGGUGAGAAUCCUUAGCACAUCAUGAAAGAUUUAUAAAAUGGCAGCGCGACAGUUACUCCUAUGUCAGAGUCCAUGUGGCAUCCUCCACUAGUUUUUGUUGGUUGGAGAUAUUUGGUUUACCGAGGAUAUUUGUUGUCUGAGCAGCUCACACUGUCUGAAAGCAGAUUUUCAGGAUGCCUCAGAAUGUUCUGGUUUCUCAUGACUCUCUCUAACAGAUCGUAUCUUGUACAGUGGAGUACUUGCUUUCUGUUCCCUUCAUUAGUCAUUGGAUAUUUCUCUUGCUUGUAACUAUUUUCAUCAGAAAAGCUGUCAUCCGGAUUGAACUAAUUCAGGAUUGUUAUUUCCUUACUAUGUGCCAGGCUCCCUAGUCACAUAAAACUGAAUAAGAACACAUCUCCCGGUAUUUAUCUUGUUGUACUUCAGCCAUAAAAAUAUUUGAGUUGCUUCCAGAUCUCUUUUCAGUACCAGGUUAGCAUCAAGCCUGCGUGACAAGGGGCAGGACGGGCCCCCGCACCGUCGUGGGUGCCUGUCACAGAGCUGUUUAGAGACUCUGAAGCCGCCCGCUUGGUGUUAAAGCAUGGUAUUACAGUGUUGCUUUUGUUGACUGCAAAUGCCCGUGCUUCCCAAGUUCCACAUGGCUUUCUACAACACUGUAUAUGAAAAUGAGUAUUUUUACAUUAAAAUGUUUUUUAAGUUUUACCAAUAUGUUAGCAGUGUAUUUCUCUAGGGGAUGAAAAGUACUCUAUAAAGAAGUAUCUAAGAAUCGUAAUGUUCUCUCAUCUCUCUUUUUUUAAAUUGAAGUAGAGUUGAUUUACAGUGUUGUGUUAGUUUCAGGUGUACAGCACAGUGAUUCAGUUAUACGUAUAUAUGUAUUUUUUGCAGAUUCUUUUCGCUUAUAGGUUGUUACAAAAUAUUGAGUAUGCCUCCCUGUGCUAGACAGUAGGUCCUCGUGGGUUAUCUAUUUUAUAUAUGGUAGUGUGUAUAUGUUAAUUCCAAACUCCUAAUUUUAUCCCUUCCACUGCCUUUCCCCUUUGGUAACCAUAAGUUUGUUUUCUGUGUCUGUGAGUAUAUUUGUUUUGUAAAUAAGUUCAUUUGUAGAAUAUCAUUUUUUUUUAGAUUCCACACAUAAGUGAUAUCAUACUGU